UAAGGGCAAUGAGGAGGGCGGGGCCUCCCGAGCAGGGGAGUGGUGUGCGAUCUGGCCAGGCAGCUCCACGCACUGGCAUUCUCGAUCUGUGUGACUAGGCUGACCUCUGAGGCUUUCUGUGUUCUAGAACGGCAGGGAGCAGACUUCUCUGGGGAGCACUCCCUGAUCCCUGUUGUUUCUCCUGCUUAUCCUUCUCACGACCUUUGGGGUGGAGGGGUGGCCCAGUCACAGCUGUGCUCUCCCAUAUGCACACCUUGAGAAAGCACCGGCCGCCUAACCAGAGCGGGAUCUGAGAUGACUUGGUUCUUGAAAAGACUUAGUUCUUUUAACACAGUCUCACAAGGACGGGUCCUGAGACGUAAGCCUCUCGGAGGACUUGUGCAGCCAGGUUGGAGAGAGUAGAAUCAGUGUGCCAUGGCUCCUAGGUGAUUGGAGCCUUUAAAAAAUUCUGACGGUGAAACAAAAGGAUGUGUGCUAAUGGUAGGAGCAUUUGCAGGUGUUUCCAGAACAGCAAGAAAAAGAAGGCAAUGUCAUUAAUGGCUUCUUAUGCUUGGGGGUGGGGGGGGGCGGGGAAUCAUUACUCUUUGUCAAAUAACAGAAUUCAUCUCGUCUCCUUAAUGGCGGUGUGGCAGUCCCUAGCGUCCCCUCCUCCCCGUUGUGACAGGAUCACAAAGCCUCAGUGCUCCAGCACAGGGCCAUUCCACGACUCACAUCAUUUCCGGAAGUUUCCCCUUGAAUACAAAUCCAUUCUCCAACCCAUAAUACUUUUCUCUUGUAGCGUAUCAAUUGCCGAGUAAUUAUUAUUUAUCUAAGAAAGGGCUUGAUGCAUAUUCAUGAUAGAUAUUACCAGCGAGUCAUUUGAAUUUGAAGUCACUGCUAAACGCUAAAGGGAAACUAGACACAAACGUACAAUCUACACAACAAGAAGAUUGUUGUGUCGGUCUGGGGAAGCAUUCAGUCUGCAAAGCCACAAGACCUGUAACUGAUCGUGGCUUUGCCACAAGCAGCAUGAAACCCUAAAAGUGGUUUUCCGGUAGGGAAUCAGGCAUCUGCCUCAGUGGGGCAGCACUGCCCUGUUUUAAUGGUCUCUCUCCUAGAAGACAGUGGAUCUCAGGGAAGGGAAGAGUGUGGUGUUUGGGUUUACUUCAUUGCCACUCCCACGGGCUCUGACUCACAGUCUGUGGAUUGUGGCUGGCGGUGCCCUGCCUGACCCUUGGUUCCCGCAGUGACGUGGCUGAUUGGCCAGCAUCGCGCAUCGGUCCUGGCUAGGUGACGGGUAGGGCCGGAGACUUGCGGCGUCUUCAGCCGGACGGGGAACUUGAGGUCAGAGAUAGCUUCUUGAACAUACGUCUCUCCCCCUCUGCUGCCUGGGAACGCAGAAGAGGUGUGGUGUCGCAGCCGAGGCUUUCAGAUCCUGUGUCUUCCAGCCGACUGGGCCCUAAACCCUCCUUCUGUUACAAGUUCUUCUGCACGUUCCUCUUUCUCCCAUUCUAGAAAGAAUGGGCUUUGUAUGUUUCCAUGUCUUUGGGUGAAAACUAUUGUAUAGGAGAUAGAAGUGGAUCAGUAGGCCUUCUUGACAUCUUUCAUGCAUUUAAAAUAGGGCAGACCAACGUUAAAAAAAAAAAGGGGGGGGGGGCGCCUGGGUGGUUCAGUCGGUUAAGCGUCUGACUCUCGAUUUCAGCUCAGGUUGUGAUCUUAACGGUUCGUGAGUUCAAACCCUGCCUCAGGCUCUGUGCUGACAGCAGGGAGCCUGCUUAGGAUUCUCCCUCUCCCUCUCCGCCUCUACCCUGCUCUCACUCUCUUUCUCUCUCUCCAAAUAAACAUACAUUAAAAAAAAAAAAAAAAAAAAAACCUGCCACAAUCCCCAAAAUUCCAGGGGGCAAGAAUACCAUGACCUCAGCACUUCAGGUAGGAACACAGUUUCUUUCUCUCUGGAAGCAUCCGAGUCCUCCUAUGUGACUUCUGGGUUGAGCUAAGGGUCCAGGCAGAGUUCCUUGCAAACAGGUUCACUCUUGGGGUCCCUUGUGGCAUCCUGUAUGCAUGCCCCCCUCCCCAUGUACUCUUCACAGGCUACUCCGUUCUGCUGUUGUCCUGGGACCGGGCUUGGAUCUCCUUAACAGUGUUCUGAUUUGUUCUAAGACCUUAAGAUCUCUCCCAGCCUCUCCCUAAUUGGUUCAGAGCCUCUCUAGGGGAGCCUGCCCUGGCCUUAGAGGUACAGGGGCAAAGGAGUUGUUCAACCAGCUCUUAAGCGUUUCUAGCUUAGACCUCAGUGUGUGAAUAAGCCCCUCUGACCGCUUUCCCCACCCAGCAUGAGGCUUGCCUGGCUGCACUAGCUUCCUCUUCUUUCAGCUGGGCCAGAAGUUCAAGGGUGUGAAUGAGGGCAUAGCCAAGCCCCAAACCAGAGCUGGGACAUCGCUGGCACCUGCAUGGCCAUGAGCUGGGCCCCUAGAGCACCAGAGUCGGCCUGGGCACCUCGGCUGACUGGCAGUAGUUAAGUAGGCCGGAGUCCUCCACACUUUGCCAGCUCCUGGCCUAGCUUGUGAGUGCACUGUCGCUAUUUAAAGAUUUCUCCUCUACCCGCUGCCCCUGGUGCUUAUUCUGAAACCUGUGAUUGGUUACUUCUGCUUCGCAAUCGCGUACGCUGUCCAUGCAGGAGCCGCACAGAAAACCCUCCACACCCCACCUCCAGGCCCUAGACUGAGCUUUUGUCGCCGUGGCUUCUGCCAGUCCCCAGCACCCUGGGUGCACUGCCCAGUCCCUGCCUUAUGCAUGCUGAGACAGCAUCACCUGCCUCCGCUGGUGCGUCCGGUGGGGGGCGGGGGGGAGGGCAAAUUGCUGUGGUUCUCUCCACGCCAUUUCCAUGUGCCUGCUCCCUAACUUCAGCCUGGCCCUGCCCCCACUUCUCACGGAGGAGCUGGAGUCCAGGUUCACUUGCUGAAGGACCAGCUGGCUGCCGAGGCCGCCGCGCGGCUGGAGGCCCAGGCCCGAGUGCACCAGCUCCUGCUGCAGAACAAGGACAUGCUCCAGCACAUCUCCCUGCUGGUCAAGCAGGUGCAGGAGCUGGAGCUGAAGCUAUCGGGACAGAGUGCGAUGGGCUCCCAGGACAGCUUGCUGGAGAUCACCUUCCGCUCCGGAGGCCUGCCGGUGCUCUGCGACCCCACCACCCCGCAGCCGGAGGACCUGCCCUCGCCGCCCCCGGGCGCGGGCCUGGCCGAGCUGGCGCACCCCGCCGGCAGCCCCCUAGUGGACCACAGCAUGUUCGAGAACUUGAAUGCGGCCCUUCCUCCAAAGCUGCAGCCCGGCUGCUCCCUCCCCCACCUGUCCAGGCUGACGGCCCCCGGCUCUGCCGCCCCGGGGUCUGCGGAGCCUGGGGGGCCGGGGCUCCGGGUGGGUGGCAGCCAGCACCUCAAGAACCUGGGCAGAGCCGUGGGGGCCAAAGUUAACGACUUCCUGCGGAGAAAAGAGCCCUCGAGCCUGGACGGUGCGGGCGCCAUGGAGAUCAACAGGCCGGCGGGGGCGCGGCUGGACGGAGGGGCCGUGGAGGCUGACAGGUCAGCCCUGCAGGACGCGUUCCCUCGUCUGGACCCCCCGCCUCCCAUUACCAGGAAGCGAACCCCUCGUGCCCUGAAGACCACGCAGGACAUGCUGAUCUCGCCGCAGCCAGUCCUGAGCAGCCUGGAGUACGGGACAGAGCUGCCUCCUGGGCAGCCCCGGGAACCCCUUCCUGCCGCCCUGCCCGACGUUCCCGCGGAAAUGGCAGAGAGGGGCGAGGCUCUGCCCAACGGAGAGGUCUCCCUGUCAGUGCCCGACCUGAUCCACCAGAACAGCCAGGACGAACCCAAACCGAAGAUAACUGAGUGCAGAAGGGCCUCCUCCCCUGGCCUCCUCGAGAGGAACGGCCUCAAGCGCAGCCUGAGCCCCGUCCGCCUGGCCCAGCCGCCGGAGGACAGUGGCCCCCCGCCUCGGGCACGGACCUCCAGCCUUGACAAUGAGGGCCCACACCCAGACCUGCUGUCCUUUGAGUAGGGCCCCUUCUCCCUGCCGGGCACCCCCUUCCCCUCUGCCGUCUCCGUCCCUGGUGCCCCUUGGCCCUUGCCCCCGCUCCGUGUGCCCUUUGCCCCCUUGUGCAGAGAUCAGAGCGCCGAUCCGGGGCCAGGCUCCCUGAGUCACCCUAGUUAGAGCCUCUGUCUGCCGAAUGCUAAAGGGCUGGGCUGUGGCUCCCGAGCCUCAUUUUCUAGAAGCUCCCCUCCGGGGGCUGGCUGCCACACUGGGGGAUGGGAGCAUCGCUGUUCCCAGGCAGCCCGGACUUCCCACUGGCCUGCAGGGCCACCAGCCCGGGAUGAAGGGUCUUGCAGGAAUGGUCUCUGCCUGCCCCCCACAUGCCACCUGUGCCCACCCCCCCCCCCCCCCACUCUUCUUCCUUCGGACCCUGGUUCAUUUCUUCUGCCUCUGGUUGGGGCAUCUGGCCGAAUGGAGAAUUGACGGGUUGGGCUGACGACAGGCCCAGACCUGGAAAGCCACACACCCUGCUCCUCCUGGUUCCAAGACCGUGUGUUGUCCCCUCGCCUCUACCCUUUGGGGGCCUGAGACCUGGGCGCAGCCUUGUCACCAAGGGUUCUCAGGGCAUUUUCCACCUGCCCUGUUGGGGGACACACCAGGCCCCCCGGGGCCGACCACUGAGAAGGCGCUGGGGA